AUGUGUACCACGCACGUCUACGCAUAUGCCUAUCCCGAUGGGCGCCGCGGACAGAGCACACGCCCGGCCCUGUGCAACGCCUCGCGCCACGGCCAGCCCUGCGUCGACAACGUCGUCCUCAAGCAUCCCACUCAAUACGUUCAUUACGCGCCCGUUCCCAUGGCCUCGGCGUCCGCUCCCGUCUAUCCCGGUCCGGCCUCGUACACCUUUCCCCCCACGCCGCCUUCAUCCUCGACGCCCAUCCUCUAUCGCUCCGACGACUCGGACCGCUCAUACCGCAGCAACUCGUCGACGCGCAGGCCGCGCAGGCCCUCGAGCGGCGUCUACGUCACCGGCCAGCGAGUCGUAGCCGACCACGGGCACCACCAGCCUUCCCACACUGAUAACCACCGUUCCUCUUCCGGCCGCGAGCGCAUCGUCCUCGUCGACAACCCGCCCACCCCCCGCACCCCGCCACAGGUUUUCAGCGCGCCCCAUACCGCUCCCUCGUCUCCCAGCUUCAACCCCUCCGCCCCCUACACGCCCGAGCAUCCCCCCUUCUCGCGGCGGCCCGUCAUUGUCGACGAGCGCCAGCGCCCAUAUGUGCAGAUCGAGGUGGUCGAUGCGCCGCGCCGCCAGGCCUCGAAGAGUAGCCAGCAUACGCGGCAGUCGUCGGCCAGCUCGCGUGGGAGCAGCCGGGCCUACUACUCGAGCGCCGCCGAGGUUGAAGACGACGACGCAGUUGCCGAGGAGCAGCUUCUCCAGCGGCGGCGGCGGCGCGAGGCACGUCGCAUACGCGAGGUCGAGACGUUGGAGAGAGAGCUGCGGGAAAAGGAGGUGAGAGAACUGCGGAUCCGGCGGCGCAUCGCAGAGGCCAACGCCGAGAUCUCGCACCGCCCCGCCGUGCCGAUGUCAUCCACGCCCAGCAGGCGGGUGUCAGUCGCGGAGGCGGGCGGCAGCAAAGCAACGGACCGCGAGGCGGAGCUCGUGGACGCUCUGCGGCGGCUCAGCGUCAAGGAGCAGCGGCUCGAGGAGGAGCAGAGGCUUGCCGAGCGCGAGCGCGGCGAGGACGAGGCGCAGCGGGCGCGGCUGCGGGAGAGGCUGGUGCCGCGGCGGCGGGCGACAGUAGGCCCAGGCAGUCGGCGGCACAGAGUGCUUUACGACGAUGGUGUCUACCGCUGGGAGUAA